AGUGCAACCUGAGCUACCAGAAAGGGACAGCUGAAUCUCCGUGUGUCCCAGCUGACUCUUAUCUCAGGUGGACAUGGCCUGCAGGGGUCGCACUCGACCCAGGGGCCUGGUCUGGGCCCUGCAACUGACUCUGGCAUGGAUCCUGCUGGGGGCUUGUGGAGGGAGCCACCCACUCCCAGCUAGGUCCUGGAGACAUCAUCGGCUAGCAGCCGAUCUGGGCACAGUCCAGCUGCACCAGGCAGCGAUGGACACAUCAGAGGUAUCAGGCCUUGGGAUCAGCGCGGAGAGCUGUGGGGAGCUGAGCCCCAGGUGUGAAUCAUUUCUGGGACACCUCCAGGUUGCCCUUCGCAGUCGCUUCCACCUGCUUCUGCUGGGGGUACUCCAGACACAACCGCUCUGCUCAGAGCUCUGCGAUGCCUGGUUUGCCACCUGCGAAAGUGAUUUCACCUGCAGCUCGACUUGGCUCCCACUAGUAGAAAAGAGGGGCUGCAAGCCCAUCUGCAGUACCUAUGGGCAGACUUUCGCUGAUGGAGCGGGGCUUUGCCGCUCAGUUCUGGGCUACGUGCUACCAGUAGCGGAUCCUGGCUCCAGUCACUGCCUCAAUAUUUCCAUCUCAGUGCUAUCCCGUCCCAGACACGCACGGCGGGCCCGGGAAACCACGUUCCCACGCUCUCGUCGCCCUCGCACCUUGAUUCUGGACGCUGCAGGCAGCGGUAGUGGCAGUGGAAGCGGCAGCGGCCCCUAGGGGGCGUACGGCCUUGGAAGGAAGAGGCACCGCCUCUCUCCCUGCAGCCCCGGGAGCCACGCGCUCCGCCCCUCAAGACACCCAGAGUUCUAUCCUUCUCUCUCUCUGCCUUCUAGUUUGCAAAGUCCUAUCCUUCUUCCCUGGGGCCCCGGAGACUCGCCCCUCUCCACAUAGUUAAGAAAUUUCCAAUUGUAGUUUAUUUUUUCCCCUGAAUAAAGUCGCCAGUU